GGGCCGAUCUGGGUCUUUUCGCUGCUCGCCCUCUCGGCCGCCCGUGGACGAGUCCGCUCCGCAGCGGCCGGUCGGCGCGGCAGGGGCAUGACCGGGAAGAAGUCCUCUCGCGAGAAGCGGCGCAAACGGGCCAGUUCGGACCCGGCCGCCGCCAGCCCAACGUUCCCAAUGGCCGCCAUCGCGUCUUCGGCCAGCGGAGAACGGAGGAAGCGGAGAAGCAUGGACUCCUCCUCGGCCUCCGCGUCGCCCCAGAAACCGGAUAUGAAGUUUUCUUUGUCAACCACGGAGAAAGAAGUGGAGCAGCCCAGUGAAAUAGAAGAAGGUGGACUGGACCUCACAGUGUCAUUGAAACCAGUUUCCUUCUACAUAUCUGAUAAAAAAGAAAUGCUCCAGCAGUGUUUUUGUGUCAUAGGAGAGAGGAAACUACAGAAGAUGCUCCCUGAUGUGUUAAAGAAUUGUUCAAUAGAAGAAAUAAAAAAGCUCUGCCUAGAACAGUUAGAACUUCUAUCAGAGAAGAAACUCUCGAAGAUUCUUGAGGGUGAGAAUUGGAUUGAUUCCGAUACAGAUGACGAGGCAGAGGAUGGCUUCAAGUUAACAUCUGAAUCAAUCAGUCAGCAAGACAACAGCGUGGAUUCUACCUCAUCCCUGAGGGAGAGCCGGGAAGGCCUGGAAUUAAAACAAGGCAAAGGAGAAGAUAGCGAUGUACUCAGCAUCAAUGCCGACACAUACGACAGUGACAUAGAAGGCCUGUGCCCCGAAGAAGCAGCUACUCCAGAUGUACCAGAACACGUCAGAAGCGGAGCUGGUCAAAUCGAUGACCUCCAGAAGGACAUUGAGAGAAGCGUAAACGAGAUAUUGGGACUGGCAGAGUGCAGCCCAAAGGAGACCAAAGCAGCAACCGCCCUAACUGUUCCUCCCUCCGAAGAUGUUCAGCCUUCCGCCCAGCAGCUGGAACUCCUGGAGCUUGAGAUGAGGGCCAGGGCUAUUAAGGCCCUAAUGAAAGCUGGCGAUGUAAAAAAAAUAGCCUAAGGGCACAUGCCUGACUCCGCCCAUAAAUGUCCACUCAGUGGAAGAGGAGGGAGCCUCUUUCUAUAGUGCACAUUAAAAGCACUUUGCACUCUUUCAUCUUUUUCCACUUUCCUGGCAUCUUCCCUUUUCUUUUAAAGCAGCUAAGGCAAAUGAAAAGAGCAGAGGGAGUCAAUGAAAUGUUGGUUGUAGGAUAUAUGGAGCAGUCUGGCCUCAGUGGAAAGAGCAUGGGCCUAGGAGUCAGAGGACCCGGGUUCUAAUGCCAGCUCUGCCACUUGCCUG